UCCACAGAGUGGACUGUGGGCUGAUAGUUUGGGGAUGUGAGGGAGAAGAGGACUCAUCACAAUGACCAACCAGGACAAGUGGGUCACUCUGACCCCAGCUGAAUUCUCCCUUCUGCAGGAGUAUGCUCAAUGUAAGUCUGUGUCUGUGACAGUGUGUGUGAGUGGUGUGUGUGGUGUGUGUGUGCGUGCACGUACACCGUCACUUUACGCUCACAAUCAAGUCUAAACUUCAUUGAAAAUUGAAUCUAGUCAGGUAUAAAACGUGACACUGUAUUAGUAAACUACUGUAGAGCCCAUCUCAGCAGUUUGUCCUAAUCCACCUCAUACAGAGAGAGAUUUUCCUACUGCUUGGCUAUGGCAGGACAACAGAGCCCAGUUACUGUAAUGGUGACUGCAUCAGAGCAAAGCAGAGAAUAUCUCCAUGCACUGCCACUGCGUUAUGAAACACAGCCUAAUCAAACUUGAUUUGGUGUAAAGCUCAAACAGUACAAAACCCCCUCUUUCUCUGAUGACUUGGAAUCAUCCGUAUGUCUGUAAUCUGUUAUUGGAGCCCCUUGCUGAUUUUGCAGCAUACCAGCUCAAGCAUGACAUCUGUCUGGUGCCCUGGUGCUGUUUAUGUUAAAAAAGUAUUAAUCAUAACACAACAGCUUCCCCUGUGGGCCAUAGAGAGUUAUGGACAUCUUGAAGUUAUUUUCAAGAACGCUACUGCAAGUAAUCAGGUUUUCGUAAAUAAAAUAUUUGACUGUGCAAGUUUUGCCUUUGAAUUCAGCACUAGUGGGAAUAGUGAAAUACACUAAAGCCUUUCUUGAAUUGGUUGUUUCCAGGGUAACAAUUAGGUUUAACAGCAUUAUUAUUUUCAGUAUUUAUUCUAUUUUGGUUUUUAAAUCAUUUUCGGAAAGGAAGGAAUCUCAAAAGACUUCCAACAUAACCACAACAAGAAGAACUUCAUCCCAGUAUAGUAGAGGAGAAUAAAACAACAGAGCUAAUUUGGGGUCACUUAGAAAUGUCCUUGUUUUCAAAAGAAAAGCAAAUUUUUUGACCAUUAAAAUAACAUAAAAUUGAUCAGAAAUACAGUGUAGACAUUGUUAAUGUUGUAAAUGGCUAUUGUAGCUGGAAACGGCUGAUUUGUAAUGGAAUAUCUACAUAGGCGUACAGAGGCCCAUUAUCAGCAACCAUCAGUCCUGUGUUCCAAUGGCACGUUGUGUUUGCUAAUCAAAGUUUAUCAUUUUAAAAGGCCAUUAGAAAACCCUUUUGCAAUUAUGUUAGCACAGCUGGAAACUGUUGUGCUGAUUAAAGAAGCAAUAAAACUGGCCUUCUUGAGACUAGUUGAGUAUCUGGAGCAUCAGCAAUUGUGGGUUCAAUUACAUAAUAUAAAUGGCCAGAAACAAAUAACUUUCUUCUGAAACUCGUCAGUCUAUUCUUGUUCUGAGAAUUGAAGGCUAUUCCAUGCGAGAAAUUGCCAAGAAACGGAAGAUCUCAUACAACGCUGUGUACUACUCCCUUCAUCAGAAUAGAAAGAGGAGUGGGAGGUCCCGGUGCACAACUGAGCAAGAGGACAAAUACAUUAGAGUGUCUAGUUUGAGAAACAGACGCCUCACAGGUCCUCAACUGGCAGCUUCAUUAAAUAGUACAACAAAACACCAGUCUCAACGUCAACAGUGAAGAGGCGACUCCGGGAUGCUGACCUUCUAGGCAGAGUUGCAAAGAAAAAGCCAUAUCUCAGACUGGCCAAUAAAAAUAAAAGAUUAUGAUGGGCAAAAGAACACAGACACUGGACAGAGGAAGAUUGGAAAAAAGUGUUAUGGACAGACGAAUCGAAGUUUGAGGUCUUCGGAUCACAAAGAAGAAUAUUUGUGAGACGCAGACCAAAUGAAAAGAUGCUGGAGGAGUGCUUGAUGCCAUCUGUCAAGCAUGAUGGAGGCAAUGUGAUGGUCUGCUUUGGUGGUGGUAAAGUGGGAGAUUUGUACAGGGUAAAAGGGAUCUUGAAGAAGGAAGGCUAUCACUCCAUUUUUAACACCAUACCAUACCCUGUGGACGGCGCUUGAUUGGAGCCAAUUUCCUCCUACAACAGGACAAUGACCCAAAGCACAGCUCCAAACUAUGCAAGAACUAUUUAGGGAAGAAGCAGUCAGCUGGUAUUCUGUCUAUAAUGGAGUGGCCAGUACAGUCACCGGAUCUCAACCCUAUUGAGCUGUUGUGGGAGCAGCUUGACCGUAAGAAGUGCCCAUCAAGCCAAUCCAACCUGUGGGAGGUGCUUCAGGAAGCAUGGGGUGAAAUCUCUUCAGAUUACCUCAACAAAUUGACAACUAGAAUGCCAAAGGUCUGCAAGGCUGUACUUGCUGCAAAUGGAGGAUUCUUUGACGAAAGCAAAGUUUGAAGGACACAAUUAUUAUUUCUAUUACAAAUCAUUAUUUCUAACCUUGUCAAUGACUACAUUUCCUAUGCAUUUUGCUAUAUUUCCUAUUCAAACUCAUUUCAUGUAUGUUUUCAUGGAAAACAAGGACAUUUCUAAAUGACCCCAAACUUUUGAACAGUAGUGUAUAUAGCAUCUUAACUGAAGGUUAUUUUAUUAGAUAUUAACAGACUUCAGUCCAAAUCUAAAUAAUUAAUGCUUUUUGCUUGGGAUCUCUUCUGCAGGCAAAGCGUUUCACUUUGACAUCUCUCUCGUUAAUUGCUCUACGCAUUGUGACAACAUUGUUUCGCCGACUGUAAGCAGCUCUCCCGCCUCUCUUUACUGUCUCUGAUUGGGAUCGAUUUUUCAUCUUCGGCAGUGUUUACUGUUAUGUAUAGUUGUGUUAAUAAAGCAUUGUGGAAUUGAAUUGCAUAUUGGGUUGAAUUGAGAGAGGCUUUUAUUAGCAAUGUCUGAAGGUCUGAGAAGAGACAGGGUGUGGGACCGAAGGGAAAUGAGAUGGAAAUAAAGAGUGAGGGUGAGUGUGUAAUAGAAAGAUUUGGAUAAUUGUGUUUCGAUGGGCUCAGAGCUAGUCAUUGUGCUCCCUGUGCAGCGACAGGUUAUAAAAUAUCCCAUUCUCUGAACUGCAACAAAGAACCUUCCGCUGUUUCCACCUCUCCCUCCUUUUCAGUCCCCCCAGCACACUUUACCCCCCCACCACCACCCUCUUCUCAUUAAAAAGUGAAGUGAGCUCUAUUGCACACUUUCCUCACUUCGCAUACUGCAUGAGCACCAGUACUCUACAGUCUACUUCACUGCAGUUAUGAUUUCAUAAUCAGAGACGAUUAUUAGAAUUGAUUUUUUUGCACAGAGACAUUGCGGUUUGUAUUUUCCCAGGUGCUGUGUAAAAGAACACUGAUGUGACAUGCAUUUUGGCCUAAAGUAACCUACGCUAAGUCAUUUCCUUUGAAGUGUUAGUAUUAGGAUAACAUUACCGUUUUUUUGACCGUGUAGAGGAGUGAUAAGAAAACGGUGCAUGAGUUAAUACUUUUUAACGUAUUUUUGGUGGGUUUAUCACACUGGCACUCAGUCACACGUAUCAUGGUCUCGCGUGGUCAUCCUUCCAAAUCUAGUCUUGUUGCUCCAGAAGCUACAAAUAUCAUAAUGGAACAGCUGGAAUAAUAUAAUAAAACAAUGUGUACACAAGGAGCCCAAUGGACCAGUCCUGCCAGGACACUCCUGGGCUAAACUCCCAUAGUUUGAGACGUUGACAGGAACCAGACCAAACGGACCAGGCAGAGGAGUCUAACCUGCUACCCGUUCCAGAGUCUGGUGAUUCCUCCUGUGAUUUAGAUGGGUGUCAGAUAUAAAUCCUCCUGAACUGUAGACUGGACCUUUUGCACUCUAACUCCAAGUUUAGAGAUAAUUGGAUGAGAUCCCGCAGUGGGAUCGCCCUCCACAGACAUGAUGAUAUCAAUUGCUAUUUAAUUGGAAGCCUUUAUGGUUAUAACAUGUGCUGAAUGUUUUUCUUUUAGACUCAACCAAGAAGCUGAAAGAUGUGCUGCAGGAGUUCCAUGGAGAUGGAGUGUUGGCAAAAUAUAACCCAGAGGAGGUAGUCUUUCUUUCCAUAAGACACUGUUCUGACUGUUCUGGUAGUGAUGUGGCAUCAUUAGUAUUGCAUGAACCGUUGUAGAACUACUUUGAGGCUUCUUCAUAAUGUAGAACACUACCAUCACUUCAGACUUGCUACCAAUUCUUGGUUAUUUUGAUAUCAACAACAUUCAACGAUGGUAUUGGUCUAUAGUCACCUCAGACCAAUAUAUCUUUGUUUGGUUUUGUCAUUUGAAAGUCACACCAUGGUUAUUUGUAUGCUUUACAGGAUAUGACUUAUGUACUUUUUGGAGGUUUGAUGUAUUGAGAUGCCCAAUGUCUUUAUUCAAUGCUGCAUAGAAGCAGGACAUACUCAAUCAGGUAAUGUAAUUUCAUGUUCUCCCAGACAUGAUAUGGUAAUCAAAGCUUCCCUCAUAAGAAUUAUACACACCAGGAUCAUGUUCUGUGUCUUGUUUCAGGAGAUUGACUUUGAAGGCUUCAAGGUCUUCAUGCAGACGUUUCUGGAGAGCGAGCUGGCAGAGGAGUUCUGUCAACACCUCUUCUUAUCAUUCAGUAACAAGGGACCAAAACCCAGCCCCUCUUCCAUAGACAAGCCCAGAGUUACUGGUAAGACCCUGCACUUUAGCUAUAACCUUCAUAUGGUGUCCCUAAGGAGCAAAGUAGCCUUUAGAUUGUCUGUGUGCGCUGUUGCUUAAUUUUUUAAAGCUACUUUGCCCUUAGGACCAUUGUACCUUCACUUCAGACAAACCCAAAUGAACAGAUCAAGAAGGCAUAGAAAUUCUAUGACCUCAGCAGCAGACAAACAAUUUCUCUAACAUCAAAUAAAAGCCUAGAGCUGUUUAGGUAUGCUUUAGUUUUUACUCUUACCACAAAGAGCAUGUUCACUGGGUGAUGCUGUUGUAAUUGGUUCAGUAUUGUUAACUCUGUCAUCAGACCACCCCAGAUUGCCUUGUUGUUGUGGACUGUAGCUUGCAGGCAAGUCAUUGAGUGCAGUGUAUGUAGCAUCAGCUUGUACUUUUUCACAAAAUGUCCAAACUGUACGUGUCCUGAGGUACUAAGUACAAUCAUCAUAAACUAAAACGGUGCUGUCUAGUCAACAUUUACCAUUGUAUUGGCAAAAACUAUACCUAUAUAACAUCUGUAAUCAAUUUCACAACAUUAAUUUUUGAUUUAUUGGUAGACAGUUUGAAAGACAGUUUGAGGUUGACAUUAGAUGCAUAAGCUCAGCAAUGAUCAUAACCGGCCUACAUUUUGACCUUCUUCCCUGGCCUUCUUCUCUCUGCAGGCCUCAAGCUGAUCAAAGGGAACUCGACCCCUCUGAAGGUGCCCACUCUACCCAGGACUCUGCCCAGACCUCUAGGUAUGGUUCAACUGAAGGACAUCGUCUGCUACCUCUCACUGCUGGAGGGUGGCCGACCCGAGGACAAACUGGAGUGUGAGUACUAAUGAUUGUACAGUAUAUCUGUGUGUUUCCUCUAAAAGGGGAAUAUACUGGAGCUCCUUUGGCUAUAAUGCAGAAUUAGGCUUUCCAGAACAACAAUGUUAUUUUGUGUUUUAUCCAUGAGAAUAAUGACAUUUGUGUACCCUAGAUACAAACACUCAUAGCCAAACGAGAUAGAGCUUCAUCCCAAUACACUGGUCUAUAUUUCCCAUUACCUAAGCAGGAGUAGCAGGCUAGCCUUUUCACAGUAGUCUACUUGAAUCAUUAUGUUUACUGAAAGACCUUAUUAGCGUUGCCAUGGUAUCUCUUUAUUCUACUUAAACUUUAGAUGUGUACUUAUUUAUUCAUGAGAUUAUAUUAGAUAAUUGAACAUCAGACUUUUUAUGUGUUCUUAUAAUUCUCAUCCAACUGCUGAAUAAUUGAAGAGCAGAGCUGUUCAUUAAGCAUAAAGUGUGUUAAUAAUUUAGCUGGUCUGGCCCAGGGAGCACAUCAUUGGUUUAGCCUUGGAUGCUACAGUAUCUCUCCUUGUAGAGAGAAUCCCACUCUGCCCACCCUACCCCUCCUUCCGUCUAGCCUCACUGAUGUCUUGUGGAGCUAAACAGGGCCCUCUGCUGGUUCUUCUAAGAAUUACUGGUUUCAAUUUACACUUACAGUACAUUCAUUUUAGCUACUAUAUCUGUAGGUCUACAUACGUUGUGCACAGUCAGGGAAUGCAUGGCAAAAAGAGAAACAUCUAAAAAGUGAGUAUUGAUCAUCAUCAGUAGCAAGCUAAAUUCCCUUGGUUCUGUAUGAUUGAGGAAAUAUAUCCUAUGUCACUACAGUGGAUUCAGUUAUUGUUGUUGCAACUAGUCCUACGUCAGCUUUGAAGAGGUGAGGUGAUGAGGUCUAACGAUAAAUAAUAGUCUUUAUACUGUAGGUUCAUAGGGUUAGACAACUUGGCUCUAUGCUUUUUUUGAGUAACUCGACUGAAUGCCAUUCCUCCCAUCUCUACACACACCAUCACCUUUCUGUGGCAACGUUGGAUCACCACCACAAACACCUUCCCAGCUCCAGCAGAGUUCCCAAUCCUCCAGGCAUCUACCUCACUUCCCCUUCCUCCGGCCCCAAAGGACCGACCUGACCGCACCACAGCAGGAAGCUGUCAAUUAGCUCCUCAUUAGGUUCUGACAAACAGCAGCUUGACGUCAACCCCAUAUGAAAUCAACAACCCCCCUCUUCGAGUCCUUAGUGAACUCACCGGCUCACCCUCCUCAAUCCAGCUGGGUUUGUCAUGAGCCGCACCACUACUGAGAUUGGGGGAGGGGGUAGCAUCACGCUGAGACUGGGCUAAAAACACUUUAUCCACGCAUAGGGACUAACCAUUAUUAUGUAAAUUACUUGGGGCAGAGGAGAGUGUUGUCACGAUUAUAUUACUAUAGGACUGGGGUUUGUGUGUGUGUGUCACUCUUGUAUUGGAUAGCCAAUCACUGUUCUGGUGAGGGAGCUGUCUGUUUCCAUGGUGAUGGUGUUGAGUGGUGGCUGGAGGCUAGUGGAGGAACCCAUAAGACUUCAACUCUGAGAUGCUAAGAACACUUUUAUGAGGGGAAACAUUGCUUUGAAUUGAUGGGAGUGCAAUAGCUGAAGGAAGUUUUUGUUCUUCAACAUAGUAAAGUGCCUUCAUGAAACAAAAUUGGUAGUAAAAAUGUGUCUCAAUGACAUUAAUUGCAUCUCAAACAACAAUUGAAACUCAUAAAUGUUUGAUCUCUUUCUCUACAGUUAUGUUUCGUCUCUAUGAUACUGAUGGGAAUGGGUCUCUGGAUAGUUCGGUAAUAAUUCUUCCUUCUUCAUACGUAUUCAAAAAAUAUGCCAAACAAAUUAUAUGAACACAGCCUUACAUGAAACAUCAUCUUUGUUAUUUGCUAAAGCCUAUACCAGAGCCAUGUAUGGUUCUGUCCAAUACACGCCACGUUAUUUACUGUACUGAAGAAUUAUUGGUGCUGCAACCUGGACUCAAGGGUAGACUUAACAUAGUAAAUGGAAAUCCAGGUCACUCCAUUUAGUAUGAUAUGUUACGUUUCGUAUGGUAUGUAUUAAUUUGUUUCAUAUGAUAUGUUGCGAAUUACAAUUCGUACAAUAUGUUACAAAUUUGCAAUACGUAUGAUAUGUUACGAAUUCCAAUUAGCUAGGUUGCUAUCAUUAGCUAGGCUAGGGGUUAGGGUUAGGGGUUAAGGGUUAAGGUUAGGGUUAGGAGUUAGGGCAAGGGUUAGCUAACAUGCUUCUAUUUGCAAAGUAGCUAAAAAGUAGUAAGUAGUUGCAAGGUUGCUGAUUAGCUAAAAUGCUAAAGUUGUCCGUGAUGAUGCUGUGUACAAUGGUACAUAAUAGGUACCUAAUGUACUAUAAAUACAAUUCUGCAAUAGAGGACCUUCUGGAAAUCUGAAUCUUAGUCAUUCUAACCAUGACAUAUGGAAAUUUAGAAUAUUUUGUACUAUAUAAUCUAAAGUAACAUUGCACAAGCGCUCUAAAAAGCUUGGGCUUGUUGCAGAGGAGCAGGCGAGUAAAUGUCUCAUGUUCAUUAUUCUGGUCUGCAUGUGGCGACUCUCCACUAGACGAUAAUUGCCCUCCAAUAGGGCAACCAUUGUAAUUAAGUCAUCAAGUCUGUAUCAGUUUUCAAGCUGCUUUUGUUGUGCAUUGUACAACUCUCUUUUGGAGAGGGAAGAUUGUACCAACUGAUCAUUACACGCCGUUCAUCAGUCUAAAACCAUUGAUGUUUGUCAUCAACUGAAUAAUGGCUAUUGUACCAUAGAUAUACACCACCGGUCAAAGGUUUUAGAACACCUACUCAUUCAAGGUUUUCUUUAUUUUUACUAUUUUCUACGUUGUAGAAUAAUAGUGAAGACAUCAAAACUAUGAAAUAACACAUAUGGAAUCAUGUAGUAACUGAAAAAGUGUUAAACAAAUCAAAAUAUAUUUUAUAUUUGAGAUUCUUCAAAUAGCCACCCUUUGCCUUGAUGACAGCUUUGCACACUCUGGGCAUUCUCUCAACCAGCUUCAUGAGGUAGUCACCUGGAAUGCAUUACAAUUAACAGGUGUGCAUUCUUAAAAGUUUUAAUUUGUGGAAUGUAUUUCCUUCUUAAUGCGUUUGAGCCAAUCAGUUGUGUUGUGACAAGGUAGGGGGGGUAUACAGAAGAUAGCCCUAUUUGGCAAAAAAACUAGUCCAUAUUAUGGCAAGAACAGCUCAAAAAAGCAAAUAGAAACGACAGUUCAUCAAUACUUUAAGACAUGAAGGUCAGUCAAUACGGAAAAUUUGAAGAACAUUGAACGUUUCUUCAAGUGCAGUCGCAAAAACCAUCAAGCGCUAUGACGAAACUGGCUCUCAUGAGGACCGCCACAGGAAUGGAAGACUGCAGAGGAUACGUUCAUUAGAGUUACCAGCCGCAGAAAUUGCAGCCCAAAUAAAUGCUUCACGGAGUUCAAGUAACAGACACAUCUCAACAUCAACUGUUCAGAGGGGACUGUGUGAAUCAGGCCUUCAUGGUCGAAUUGCUGCAAAGAAACCACUACUAAAGGACACCAAUGAGAAAAGGAGACUUGCUUGGGCCAAGAAACACAAGCAAUGGACAUUAGACCGGUGGAAAUCCAUAUUUGAGAUUUUUGGUUCCAACCGCUGUGUCUUUCUGCGACGCGGUGUGGGUGAACGGAUGAUCUCCGCAUGUAUAUUUCCCACCAUAAAGCAUGGAGGAGGAGGUGUUAUGGUGUGGGGGUGCUUUGCUGGUGACACUGUCUGUGAUUUAUUUAGAAUUCAAGGCACACUUUACCAGCAUGGCUACCACAGCAUUCUGCAGUGAUACACCAUCCCAUCUGGUUUGGGCUUAGUAGGACUAUCAUUUGUUUUUCAACAGGACAAUGACCCAACACAACUCCAGGCUGUGUAAGGGCUAUUUUACCAAGAAGGAGAGUGAUGGAGUGCUGCAUCAGAUGACCUGGCCUCCACAAUCCCCUGACCUCAACGAAAUUGAGAUGGUUUGGGAUGAGUCGGACCGCAGAGGGAAGGAAAAGCAGCCAACAAGUGCUCAGCAUAUGUGGGAACUCCUUCAAGACUGUUGGAAAAGCAUUACAGGUGAAGCUGGUUGAGAGAAUGCCAAGAGUGUGUAAAGCUGUCAUCAAGGCAAAGGGUGGCUAUUUGAAGAAUCUCAAAUAUUAAAUAUAUUUUGAUUUGUUUAACACUUUUUUGGUUACUACAUGAUUCCAUAUCUUUUAUUUCAUCGUUUUGAUGUCUUCACUAUUAUUCUACAAUGUAGAAAAUAGUAAAAAUAAAUAAAAACCCUUGAAUGAGUAGGUUUUCUAAAACUUUUGACCGGUAGUGUGUUUUGACACAAGAUUUGUUUUCUACUUCUAGGAACUGGAGCACAUCAUCUCUCAAAUGAUGCAUGUUGCUGAGUACUUGGAAUGGGACGUGACAGAACUGAAGCCGGUAAAAUACAUAUUUUUUCAUAACCAUUGUACAUUUUAUGGUUAACAUUUAAAUUUUCUUAUAGGGCCUUAUAUAGAGCAAAGUAUUAGGCUCUAGGGCCCCCUAGUGUCAGUUAUAUGAAUAACAAGAAAAUACUGUAACUUUGUAUAGCUUGAAUAUAUAUAUAUAUACAGUGGGGAGAACAAGUAUUUGAUACACUGCCGAUUUUGCAGGUUUUCCUACUUACAAAGCAUGUAGAGGUCUGUAAUUUGUAUCAUAGGUACACUUAAAACAAAAAAUCCAGAAAAUCACAUUGUAUGAUUUUAAAGUAAUUAAUUUGCAUUUUAUUGCAUGACAUACGUAUUUGAUACAUCAGAAAAGCAGAACUUAAUAUUUGGUACAGAAACCUUUGUUUGCAAUUACAGAGAUCAUACGUUUCCUGUAGGUCUUGACCAGGUUUGCACACACUGCAGCAGGGAUUUUGGCCCACUCCUCCAUACAGACCUUCUCCAGAUCCUUCAGGUUUCGGGGCUGUCUCUGGGCAAUACGGACUUUCAGUUCCCUCCAAAGAUUUUCUAUUGGGUUCAGGUCUGGAGACUGGCUAGGCCACUCCAGGACCUUGAGAUGCUUCUUACGGAGCCACUCCUUAGUUGCCCUGGCUGUGUGUUUCGGGUCGUUGUCAUGCUGGAAGACCCAGCCACAACCCAUCUUCAAUGCUCUUACUGAGGGAAGGAGGUUGUUGGCCAAGAUCUUGCGAUACAUGGCCCCAUCCAUCCUCCCCUCAAUACGGUGCAGUCGUCCUGUCCCCUUUGCAGAAAAGCAUCCCCAAAGAAUGAUGUUUCCACCUCCAUGCUUCAUGGUUGGGAUGGUGUUCUUGGGGUUGUACUCAUCCUUCUUCUUCCUCCAAACACGGCGAGUGGAGUUUAGACCAAAAAGCUCUAUUUUUGUCUCAUCAGACCACAUGACCUUCUCCCAUUCCUCCUCUGGAUCAUCCAGAUGGUCAUUGGCAAACUUCAGACGGGCCUGGACAUGCGCUGGCUUGAGCAGGGGGACCUUGCGUGCGCUGCAGGAUUUUAAUCCAUGACAGCGUAGUGUGUUACUAAUGGGUUUCUUUGAGACUGUGGUCCCAGCUCUCUUCAGGUCAUUGACCAGGUCCUGCCGUGUAGUUCUGGGCUGAUCCCUCACCUUCCUCAUGAUCAUUGAUGCCCCACGAGGUGAGAUCUUGCAUGGAGCCCCAGACCGAGGGUGAUUGACCGUCAUCUUGAACUUCUUCCAUUUUCUAAUAAUUGCGCCAACAGUUGUUGCCUUCUCACCAAGCUGCUUGCCUAUUGUCCUGUAGCCCAUCCCAGCCUUGUGCAGGUCUACAAUUUUAUCCCUGAUGUCCAUACACAGCUCUCUGGUCUUGGCCAUUGUGGAGAAGUUGGAGUCUGUUUGAUUGAGUGUGUGGACAGGUGUCUUUUAUAAAGGUAAUGAGUUCAAACAGGUGCAGGUAAUACAGGUAAUGAGUGGAGAACAGGAGGGCUUCUUAAAGAAAAACUAACAGGUCUGUGAGAGCCGGAAUUCUUACUGGUUGGUAGGUGAUCAAAUACUUAUGUCAUGCAAUAAAAUGCAAAUUAAUUACUUAAAAAUCAUACAAUGUGAUUUUCUGGAUUUUUGUUUUAGAUUCCAUCUCUCACAGUUGAAGUGUACUUAUGGUCAAAAUUACAGACCUCUACAUGCUUUGUAAGUAGGAAAACCUGAAAAAUCGGCAGUGUAUCAAAUACUUGUUCUCCCCACUGUAUAUAUAAUCUGUGUUAAAUUAAUAAAUAAAUAAAUAAAUAAAUUGGUCAUUUAGCAGACGCUCUUAUCCAUAGCGACUUACAGGAGCAAUUAGGGUUAAGUGCCUUGCUCAAGGGCACAUCGACAGGUUUUUCACCUAGUCGGCUCGGGGAUUAGAACCAGCGACCUUUCGGUUACUGGCACAACGCUCUUAACCACUAAGCUACCUGCCGCCCCCCGUGUUGAGAGAUCCCACUGUACUGUCUCUGAUUGGUUGUGAGUAGAUUCUGCAGGAGAUGAUGCAGGAGAUCGACUAUGACCAUGACGGCACUGUGUCUCUAGAGGAGUGGAUCCAGGGAGGAAGCACGACCAUCCCCCUGCUGGUACUACUGGGCCUAGAGACGGUGAGUAGUCAAGAAUGUGUUACCUAAACAUCAUCACUGUUGUUACUUUCAAUGGCUGAUUUUCUAGACCAGAGCCAUUGAGAAUGUCUAUGUAUGGCUCUGAGGUGUCCAAUUCUGGUCCUGGAAGGCCAUAGUGUGUGCAGGAUUUAGUUCAAGCUCAGUUAAAGGCCCAAUGCAGCCAUUUUUAUAUCAAUAUCAAAUCAUAUCUUGGUAACAAUUAAGUACCUUACUGUUAUAUUUUUUCAUUAAAAUGGUAAAAAAAGAAACAAAAAUAGCUUUUAAGCUAAAGCUAUUUCUCAAGCAAGAAUUUUGCUAGGACUGUCUGAAAACGGAAAACUAGCUAUUAUUGGCAGGCAGGUAUGGAACUUUCUUUGUUAUUGGUCUAUUAACUUAUUUACCGCCUGGUGAUGUCACCAGGGAAGCCGAAACUCCAUUCAUGCAAAAAUGGCUGAUUAGAAGGUCCUGUGUAGAUUGUAUUUUCAACCAGCAACCAUAUUUUUAAUAUGAAUAAAGGCUUGCUAAAGUGCCAAGAUUUCAAUCUACUUAAUCAAAACAUUUAUCCAAGUUAUACCAUUAUUGUAAAGCCCUAGUUAUUUUUGUUGCUUUGACAAAGUCAUCUCUGAAGAUUAUGAUUGAUUUCAUGUGAUUAGUGAUUGAUUUACGUACGUCCCUCAUGUUCAGGAGAAUCCUGUUGUGUGAACUGAACUCUUGUUUUAAUAUGGCGAAACUACUCCUUUUAAAAUAUUUUUUUAUAAAGAAACAUUGAACAUCUAAUAGUCAGAUCAUAGUGCAAAAGCAGGUGAGCUGGUUCUACUAUUUUUGGCCAUUUUCUGGUGUUUUUUGGUGGAAAACUGAGCGUGUCGAACAUAACACAUCAACCCUGUUACCCAUAGAUAGACAGGCUAGAAAUGUUUUAGAUAUGUAAUUGUUUUGUAAAACUUGCAUUCAAUUGCCCUUCCCUGUUGCACACAACAAGCUUCCAUUCCAUGUGCCACGCAGGGAUUAAUGGCUGAUUUAAGAUGAAAUAGUCAUCCCUGUUACAGUCAACUCUGUUGCUUUAUUUGGCACUUAAUAGGCACUUACUUUAGUCAUUUUUGUUAUUUAACCUCUUGAGAUGGGAAAACGUGUUUUUUUAAUGUAGUUGAACAUGUGCUCUUUAUGACAGAAUGUUAAAACUAGGUGAAAAUUGACCAAGUUACACUUUGGUGGAACGACCCAACUAUCAGGAAAUAACACAGAUUUAAAAAAUCCAGACCUUUACAGUGUUAGUUUCAUCAGCUGUUGUAUAAUAUGAUACAAAACACAGGAAAAACUGAAUUUUGACUUCACUUUAAACACACCAUAGCCUGAUUCACACUACCAGGCCAAACCGAGCCAAGGCAAGCUGUAUUAGGCCAGCCUGGUUCCUCAUCCACCAAAAAAUAUUUGAGCCAGCACGGUAUGGUUGGGGUGGGCCCUAUAGUGUGAAUCAGGUACAAGGUCUGGACAUUCCCACCACUAUCUAACUUGUCAAUAACUGCCUCAGAUGGUACCACUGAUGUCCCAGCUCUCUUUGUCCACUAGAUGGAGUCAUCUGUUCAGUUUUUGACUGUCUUUGUCUUCAAUGAUCUUGAACAAGUCUUCACUUAUCACAGGCUAAUGAGAUAGUCUCUUACAGUAACAUCAGACUGUCAUUUUGCUGUGAUUGACAUAAUAGAUGACAUGAUUAAUGACACAGGAUUAAAGGGAAGAGCCCAGGCAAUCCUCCCCACUAAAGUUGAUGGCUUUGGAGAACAGUAAAUAGUUAUCAAAAUCUUUCACAUGGGCCACAUUCAGUUGCCAAACGUUGUCGAACGCUGCAGAUAAAAAUGCCAUGAAUAGAGCCGAUGUGAUUCCUUAUUGUACAUGUCAGAGAGGCAUGUUUGUUUUACAUGGCCGAGUUAUAUCUGAAAGUUCCAAAACGAUGCGUCAUGCCAUAUAACUAAUCACCCAACCAUCAACCAGUCAAUAAGUAACCAAUCAAUCAAUCAAACCAAUCAAUAAUCUUUCCUUUAGAAUGUGAAAGACGAUGGGCAGCAUGUGUGGAGACUGAAGCAUUUCAACAAGCCGGCCUACUGUAACCUGUGUCUGAACAUGCUGAUAGGCCUGGGGAAGCAAGGGCUGUGCUGCUCAUGUGAGUAUGGUAACAUUAACAGUUGUCUCCUCAUGUCUACUCUCAUUUUUACCAUUAAUUCAAGGUUUAUUCCAUGCACUUUUUCAUCAUUAAGAAGGCAUUUUUGUGACCCAAAUCACCACUCGAAAAUUCCUAUCGCCAACCUCAAUUUAAUGUUUGCUAUUCUUAGUUGUUUUUUGUGAUUUUUUGGGGUCAAAAUGUGGGUUCCACCUCUCCCAGUCUGCAAGUAUACAGUCCAUGAGCGCUGUGUGGCCCGUGCUCCUCCGUCGUGCAUCAAAACCUACGUGAAGACCAAGAAAAACACAGAGGUGGGUCCAAUUGGAGUGCUUACUAAUGGGCACGCUCGGAUCAGCGAUGCUCCACGGAGCUUAGACCCAGGGCUCCUUCCUCACUAAUGGAAUUAAACAACUCAUUCUGCUACUAAGCAUAGCUAAUUACAAUAUUUAGUCUGGUUUAAAUACAUGCCCAAAUCACAAACAUUGUUCAAAGUUCUUUCUUUCUUUCUUUCUUUCUUUCUUUCUUUCUUUCUUUCUUUCUUUCUUUCUUUCUUUCUUUCUUUCUUUCUUUCUUGCUAUUAUGUUAUUUCUCACUUGUUUUCUGUCAUGCUUUUCUCCUCUGUUUCUCUCUGUUUCUCGCUCCACAGGUGAUGCACCAUUUCUGGGUGGAGGGGAACUGCCCGACCAAGUGUGACAAGUGUCACAAAACCAUUAAGUGUUACCAGGGUCUGACUGGGCUUCACUGUGUGUGGUGCCAAAUCACGGUACGCCCCCCCCCAGAAGAAUCAGCCUCCUCAUUAUUUUCCACUGUUUCUUGCUGUUUAUUAUUUAUUUUUUGCACCUUUUAUCUGAGUACUCUCACUUUACCAAUUUACACCAAGUAACAGUUAUUUCCAGUAUUCCGCUAAUUGAAAAUAAACAACAGUAAAAAUGUGUUUUGAUAUCAGUCUUUUUUAAAUAAACCCGGUUGUGUUUUUGUAAAUCACACAACAUGCUCUUUGCUUAUUACUCAAUAGCACUUGGUGUUUAGCUAAACAUUUUGUAUCUAAAUAGCUGAUACAAACUGAACGUUAUAUUUUAUGGCCCCCAUACAUUUAAAAGGAACUGAAUCUUGUUGAACUGUGAAAUCAAAUUACAGAUUACAAUCAAAUGAAAUGGAACAUUGAAUAGUAUGUUAUGAUCUUGAAUUUCACCCUAAUACUAAUACGGUUGUAAUUGACUGCUUCCCCUCAUCCAGCUUCAUAAUAAGUGUGCCUCCCAUGUGAAACCUGAGUGUGACUGUGGACCGCUGAAGGACCAUAUCCUGCCCCCCAACACAAUCUGUCCUGUCGUACUGGUGAGUUUAACUUUCAAAACGAUACCAUAUUCUGCUUAUAUACAAAUUUACCACAGGAUAGCUUUAUGAAAAUAUAUUAUUUCCUCAUACAUAGAUCACAGUUUCCCAUAUUUAUAGAGGCAAUGUCCAUUUUUUAAAUUGUUGAUCUUUUUGAUAACGUGUAUUAGAUUGUUUUCAAGAUGCCCAUUUCUACUGUGUCUGUGCACUUUGACCCCCAGGAAAGACAGUCUACGGUGAGGAAAGAUUCCAGAUCCAGCCAAUCAGGAGGCAGAGGGAAGAUGCAGAGAGCCAACUCAGUCACAGUGGAUGGCCAAGGACUACAGGUGACAAUCCAAACCUUUUUAUUUUUCUUCAAAAGAAGCAUCAGGGUAACAUUUAGUAGAAUUGAGUGAAGAAUGUGUACUGUAAAUUGACAUUUCUAAUCUAACCACAAUUUUUAUUUUGAUGGGUGCAGGAUAAUAUGAAAUGACACUGGUGGGAUUAAUAUGAGAUUAGAUUCUACUGGUGAACAAAACAAGAACCAGCUCCAUCCAAAUCCUCCCUAAUAUCUAACAGACAGACAACCGGUGACAAUCAACCUGAAUCAUCUCCCCGCCACAUCCAUCUCUGCCCUCUCUGGCUAACCAGCGUAAUAAUCAGGAUUAUUAUUUAUAAUUAGAGGAAGUAAUGGAUCACUCCUGGCUGGACAGGGAGCUCAUUAAUCCACCGCUCGGCCUGCUGGGAUAGCAGACAGGGAGAGUUAAGAGCUUCAUCUGUGUCAGGGAGCUGCACGGGCGUACUGUCGCCGCCGCCCACCACUCAGCGGCAGGAACUUGUAGGCUACAGCCUGCGAUUAGGGCUUGUUUUGUUUAUGCCUCAGCCCUGGCUGCCUCCAGCGUGGUAGAGGCCUACUGCUUCACUCUAUCCACUCUACCAGAGGUAGCGAUGGGGAGGCUGGUCCCUACGGAUGGCCUCCGAGUCACUCAAGACUCAAACUGCUUCUCCCAAUCAGGAGAUGGGGAUGGUUAUAACUUGGAAUUAGGAGGGAUUUCGUUGUUCAGUUGAUUUCCUGGGAUUUUGUUGGGUGUUGUAUGUCUGUUGUUCAUAUGAGAAAUGUUUUAACUUUUAAUUGUCGAUACCAGUAACAAGAGGGACCAGGGGGAAGCAGCCAGGCAUUUUUUUAAAAUAAAUAUUAAUAUUUUUUAUUCACAGUUUAUAAUAAUGAUUUUACGCUAUACUCUAACGUAAGAUCAGCCUACUACAUUAUAAGCAAUUGGACUGAAAUCUCUUUCUGUUUUGAUAUAUUUUGCAUAGAUCACAACAAUAGAGGGAACUCAUCCUCUGCUAGUGUUUGUGAAUCCAAAGAGUGGAGGGAAGCAGGGAGACAGGUAAGCACACUCUCUCCCUACACUCUACCUCUCUGUAAAAAGGGAUUCUCAGAACUGCUCUUCAAUAAAAGAGCUGCAUAGCCCCUGGCUGCACACAGAGUGCUCAUGGCUUAGUUAGUCAAAUAGAAACACCAUAACUUUUACCUACGGACUCCUGCCUGAUUCAGCAGAGGUUCUUAGAUGGCACUAUCAUUGACUGUCACAUCCCUGGUUGGCAGUAUAUAGAUGUAGGCCUCCUUCUUUAACCCAGGGCCUAAUUGGGUUAUUACUGAAUAUAUUCAUUCUACUCCUUAUUAAUUCAGUCCUCAUUUGUUUAAAUGAUGAGAUCAAAAUAUGACUUGAGCCAGUUGAUAUAAUGAAAUUGAAAUUAAAAUGAAUUAGUCUUUCUAAUGACUUCUUCCUAUAGCCCUCCCAGUUGCUGACAAUGACACUUUGAUAGGGCAUUGGAGCUGUCAAUCAUACUGUAGCAAAAUGGCAUACAGACAGUGUAGGGUUCAGUUGAUCACAUUUCAAUUAAGUGUUUGCAUUUUGACUUUUCUUCAUGGUCCAGAUGUUUUGUGGUAGCUGUAAGGGGGAGAUGCUUCAGUAGGUUUCUGUGGGUCAACUCAACACUGUAUUGCUGGUUGUCACAAUUUCUUCUUCUGUCUUCUUCUUGUUCCUCCUCUCCUCUCUUCUCUUCUCCUCUCCUCCAGGAUCUACAGAAAAUUCCAGUACCUCUUAAACCCUCGGCAGGUAUACAACCUGGCCAAGAACGGACCCAUGCCUGGGUAAGUUCUGCUCUAAUCAUCUCACACAGACUCCGUAACAUCACCUAAAGUGCACAGAACACUCUGCAGUCAUGAUUCAACUAUCAAUAUUACCCUCAAGUUACAUGUGGAAUCAGAGUGGUGGAUGAGCGACUGUUUACAAACCCCUAAUGUAUUCCGCUGUUGGCCAGUCAUAAUAUCCAACAUCUCAUGCAAGGGAGGUCUCUCAAUUUGAGCGUUUCACUCAAUCAGGAUUCAUAUGCAGACGUGAUUGAAAGGUGAGAUUAGACAUCACAAACAGUGAGACAACAACACUGUGCUUGAGUCUAGUAUUGGUUACAGUGUGUGGGAAUAGCGAUACAUUGUGAGUGACGCGAGGCAUGCUGAUGUGUGAUCACGCAUACCGCUGUAGGCUGCACAGGCAUGGGUAUGGGGCUGUGGACCAUCCAUGUCUAUGAUUAAGAAGAUGAGCAGAUCAUUUCGAUGCACAAGGUUCCGUCCCUUUUGGUUUAGACACACCAAUUUCAGAACAUUCUGAAAUGCAAGAACGCAUCACUUUCGUGCUCUGAUGUUGCUGGACUUUGAUUAGUUUUUGAAAGCAGAAUGUAAAUGGUUUGCGAAGAGGAAAAGUCCAAUAUAAACUUUUGUAGAAGGUUUAGUUUGUGUUCAUAAUUACGGUGGCCCAGAGGGGCAAAAUAAGGUGUACAUAAUGGCUUUACUCCAUAGAUCUAUCUUACACAGUUGUAAGAUUUGAAAUUGACCUUGUCGGCCAUAUUGUGUCUUCACUAUUGAUUCUCUGUGUUUUGAGCUUUGUUGGCUGGGAAGGCCAUGUUUAUUGACGAGGCUCUAAGAGACUUGUUGCACUCAGAAGAAGCCCCUCUAUCUUUAGCUGGGAACAUUCCAGAUGACCUUGCCCGGGUGUAACCUUGUUAAUAUUUGGUGAAGUGUAUGUAAUGCGGUUGGCAUUAACAAGGUGACUGGUCACCGUGGCCACUAGCAGGCCGAGGCAGCCGCACACACUGCUGUCAAUUAGCGCUAGCGCUAACGCAAUUAGCCCAAAUUAAGUGUUUGUUUCUUGGUAUUUAAAUAUCCCCAAAGUUGCCUUUCAUGUUCGCGGCCGUCUGUUUUGCACCUAAUACGGUUUGCGGUCCCAGUUGGAGAGUAAUUGAGCGAAUCAUUUAUCCGCCAUACGAGGCUUGGAGGCUCCCUCAUUCAGUUAGGGCUUUGUUAUUGUGAAGGAACGGAAGAAGUUGGACUGAACAUUGGCCAUCUUGAUCCGAUUAGUCUCUGAACAGACUAGCUGGCUGAAGGAAUAAUUGUCAAUGUGAUAUGUGUUAUUUUGUGAGAUUACAGGGGCCUUUGCAGAGCCGCUCCAGUGCAGCAGAGUUACCAUAUAGAUGUGAGAUAAAAUAGGGAUAAGUAUGGAGAUCAAACACUUAGCUUUGAAUAAGGUAGCCUUGAGUUCAAUUUACUAUUGGACAAAAUAGUAACAUUUUUCAGGACAAAAUGUCUAAAGAUUUGUAAUGAAUUUAUAGUAGAUCAAGAAAAUAAUAUGUUUCUCUCUAAAAGGGGAUUAUUUCAUGCAUUACAUGAUUGAUAUUGUGUGUAUGAUUUCUUUGUUGCGUUCAAGGUUGAAUUUCUUCCGAGAGGUUCCAGAUUUCAGAGUGUUAGCUUGUGGUGGGGAUGGGACAGUCGGUUGGAUUCUGGAUUUUAUAGGUGAGUGUGCACUUCCACUAACUUCUGCAUUAUAACAGUUUUCCCCUUUCCUUAACAUUUGAUUGUGUUCUCUUUAAAAACAGUACAUUUGUGCCGUACAGUGACAUUUGUUGUGCGUUUCAAUUAUUAUUGAUUUGUAUUACUUUGGUGAAAAAACAGUGCACUCGUGAUUUUGCAAGAAAUCAUCAAAUAAACUUCUAUGAUUUGAAUAUAAACAUGUUCAUUACAUCCAAGCCUGCGUAUUCAAGGAAAAUAAAACAGGAUGAUCAAAAUCGACAUAUUAGUCGUCAUUUGAGAAAUAUCCUGAAGUCAAUUUUUUCUUGAAGAGUUAUUCCCUUUUCUGCCUUUAAAAAAUUGCCUCAAUUUUUUAUCAAUCAAAACAAAAAGAAGUAAUAACAUGGACAGAAUGAAUGCUUCUCCUGAAAUAGCCUGCGAGACUGGACAUUCACGUCGAGUCAAGGUCUAUCUGUUGUUGCACAGAUGUCAGAGCUGCACUGUGUACUUGUGUUUAGAUUUAAGUGAUGGUCAGAUGACCGUGCUGCACUUGGAUUAGGUCCAAUAGAGAUUCUUUUUUUUACUCAGAGACCUGGGCAAAUCAAAGUUAAAUAAAAAAAUUAAAUACAGUAUAUUAAAGUGGAUCCGUGUUCAAUUUUGUUGUUGUGGUCAGAAUGUGAGGGUGUGGUCCUCUGUAGCUGAGUUGGUAGAGCAUGGAGCUUGCAACGCCACGAUAGUAGGUUCAAUUCCCAGGACCACCCGUAUGUAAAAUGUAUAUGCAUGACUGUAAGAAGCGUCUGCUAAAUGGCAUAAUAAUAGUAAUUCAGUAUGAUGUCAUUAUGUUUUUCUUGUACCUUUUGUGUAGAUAAGGCCAACCUGGACAGGAACCCCCCUGUGUGUGUACUUCCCCUUGGAACAGGAAAUGACCUGGCAAGGUGUCUGCGAUGGGGAGGAGGUAUGUUUAAUGGCAAUUUACUGACCCAAAGUGUGCAAAAAAUCAAAUUAUGUGAUUCAUGAUAUUGAAUUUAGAUUUGACCAUAUAUUCAUUUUCUCCUUUGACUGUACCAAUGUUUUCAUGUAGGAAUAAAUCAGUAGGAAUAAAUACAAUUCCAGAGAAUAAUGUUAUAUUAAAAUACUUAUGGCCUAUACUAUAAUGCAUUUUAUCUUCUGGUCUGGGGUAUUAUAAGCUAUCCUAUGUUGUUUGUGUGUUAGGUUAUGAGGGAGAGAGCAUUCUGAAUAUCCUCAGGGACAUAGAGAACAGCUCUGAGGUGUUGUUGGACCGCUGGAAGAUUGACGUCACACCCACAGACAAAGAAGAGAGGGGAGACCCUGUGCCUUACAGCAUCGUCAACAACUAUUUCUCUAUUGGGGUGGUGAGUUACUUAUACUAAUUUACAGAGUAUGUGUCACAUUAAAGGGAUAGUUCAGCGAUUUGAAAUAUUUGCUUCCUAACAUUAGCAAAUCUUGCCAGUUGCUAUUUAACAAAACUAAAGUGUGGAUUGCAGUCACUCCUUGUCCAUAGAUGGCUUUCAAGAUAAGUAAAACACAUAUCUAAAUAUCUAAAAUUGAUUAACUAUCCCUUUAAGCAAGAACAGUGGGUCAACAAACUGGACUAGUCAAUAGGAGAGGGCCAUGUUUGAUCUAAGGCGCUCACCUAAAACAAGAAGACUGACAACUUCGUGCUUAUCGUGGAUCAUCCAUUUCAAUCGAAUACUCUAUAUAAAGGCCUCAACUGGAUAAAUACUGUAUACCGAAUUUAAAGCAGCAACAUAAUCAUAUGUUCUUCUGAGUAAUCUUACUCAUUUUGAUCAGAUGCUAGUUAAUAAGCCUUUAUUGAGAUGUGCUUAAGCUUCAACCACCUCUGAUUGAAAAAUAUGUUGUAUUGUGUGCAUCUGCAUGGUGUUACGUACCUUUAAACUCAUCAACAGCAGAGUCAGGCCCAUCUCUGUCCAUCUUCAACAUAAUGACACUGAUUACACCCAGCUCAUGUGGGUCAUUACUGAUAAAUGUCAGGGGAAAUAUGGUAAUUGACAUUUGCAGGUUGGGAGACGGUGGCAUCUUGGUGUUGUGACAUUCGAACAUGACGGGGAAAUGAGUGAUGCAUGUCUUUACAAAUGUUAGUCAAAUAAAUGCCCUGGCUUUGUCCCGUAAUGACGAAGGUAGGUCCACUUAACAGACGAAGAGGUUGUAAGCAUGGGAAUAAAUAAAGAUAAUUUCUCUCAUAAUUCCUCAAUAUUCGUCAUGGCUUGAGGCAAAACAUGUUUUCUGAAUGUAUGUCAGAUAUUGCAAUACCCUUCAACCAAACAAGGGUAGCAGCCUUAGCAGAAGUAUUACUUUAAGCCAUUGCAACCAAUAGACUUCAUUGCUAUAACACUAUUUUCAUGGCCUUCUAACAGUGGGAUUAGUAUCUAACGAAAGUGUUGACAAAUGAAGUUGUUUGCCCAGGAUUAGGAAGAUGCUGAGCCCUCGAUGGAAUUGAGUGUGAUAUAUUUUGUGUUACAUUUCACAUCAGAUUUUGUUUUCCGUUGGAAGAAAUCACUGAAUAUAAUAAAGAUUACAAAACAAGUCAUGCUAAUAAUUACCUCAGAGAUUAUGCAGAUGAAGAAAGAUUGUUUCUGUAAUGACAUUUCUGUAGAGUCAAACUCUGAAGAUCAGUAGUAACCAAAAGGUUUCAGUAUGUCGAGGCACAGAAAAGUGUAAUCAUAAGCAUCUUAUUCUUGGAUUUAAAACAUUUCAUGUACUGAGUGUACAUAUCUGUUUAUCUUAAAAAUUCUAAGCGUUGCAUCACAGGUUGGCAUUUAUUGUCAUGAAUCUUGCACUGGAGGCAGCUCUGCAGAAUGGUUACUAGCUGGCACAGCCACAAAGUCAUAAAAUCGGAUUUGAAACCUAACCCUAACCUUAACCAAACACACUGCUAACCCUAAACUCCUAACCCUAACCUUAAAUUAAGACCAAAAAUAUCAUUUUUGUUUUCCUGAAUUUUUACAAUACAGCCAAUUUUGACUUUGCAACUAGCCCAUCCAGCGGAAAUCGCUCAUUUCUGCCUCCAGGGCAAGAUUCAUGACAAUAAGCAUCAACCUGCCAUUGCAUCAGGCGUUGAAGGUGGCUGGGGCAUUGCACAAACCGAAAGGCGUCUGUUUGAACUUGUACAAGCCCUGGGGUUGGUGAAUGAAUGGGUAACAGUGUUGGAUGGGGACAGUAUAUUUCAAAACAUAUUUUUGAACCCACCAUUCCUGUCAAACUUCACAAAGUACUAGGAUCACCUACAACUUCCUCUUCCAUUUUUACAAGAUUUACACCAAACGCCAAGUCAUAAAAUCUUCCCAAUAGACCAUCAUCCGACCACAUCAUCAACUAUUUUAGCACACCUCCUGUUCCUAUCCUUCCAAUCUAGCCAUUCCAUCCAGUUGAAUGGAAUUAAUGGCGCCAUCCCGUUAUGAAGACGUUAAAGUGACGUGAAGUGUAAUGAUCUCAAUCAGGGCUUAGUGUGCUGAGGGACAGACCUAAUCACAGAGGAGGUCCUAAGAUGAUGCAGUCAAUUCGCCUAAUGACCCGGGCUCGCAUGUCAAAGUCAUUACUCUCCCUGUGAAGGAGAGUCGUCAGCUGCCUGAGCACCACUCAUAAUUGGACUAAACUUUGAGCUAUGAGGGCACAUUACAUUACACAUGUCCUGUAUUAAUUUGGGUGCCAGAGUUUUACAAUGGUAAUUAUUUGAAGGCGGCCCCAAGAUGAGUGAGAGGGAGUGUGAGAGUGAGACUCCAUUGCCCUACUGCUUUUUGGGGAUUGAGGUUGAAGAUGUUUGUAUCAUCAGUUCAGAUGAUCUACUGCUAAUGUCCUCUUAAUGUACAUAUGAACUUGCUCUACAUUAGCUUUAGUAGAAUGUAGUAGCACAUACAGUACAUCACAUAUGCAGAAGCAGUCCAUCUAGUUACAAUAGAAACUGACAGGAACUUCAAUAGGAAGGAUAGGAACUUCUACAGAUGCACCAUUGAGAGCAUCCUGUCGGGCUGUAUCACCGCCUGGUAUGGCAACUGCAUCGUCCUCAACUGCAGGACUCUCCAGAGGGUGGUGCGGUCAGUCCAACGCAUCACUGGUGGCACACUGCCUGCCCUCCAAGACAUCUACAGCACCUGGUGUCACAGGAAGGCCAAGAAGAUCAUCAAGGACCUCAGCCACCCGAGCCACGGCCUGUUCACCCCGCUACCAUCUAGAAGGCGGAGACAGUACAAGUGCAUCAAAGCUGGGACAGAGAAACAACUUGUAUCUCCAGGCCAUCAGACUGGUAAAUAGUCACCACUAGCCGGCCUCUGCCCAGUACCCUGCCCUGAACUUUAGUCACUGUUACUAGCCGGCUAACACCCAGUACUCAACCCUGCACCUUAGAGACUGCUGCCCUAUGUACAUAGUCAUUGAACACUGGUCUCUUUAAUAAUGUUUACAUACUGUUUUACCCACUUCUUAUGUAUAUACUGUAUUCUAGUCAAGGCUCAUCCUUUAUAACUACUGCUGUACACACCUUUUCUAUUAAUAUACUGUCCAUAAUGUCUAUACACACCAAUGUCUAUAUACACCGGACACUGACAUUGCUCGUUCUAAUAUUUCUAUAUUUCUUAAUUCCUUUCUUAAAAUGUUUUGGGAUUAGCGUGUAUUGUUUUGUAUUGUUAGGUAUUACUGCAUUUUUGGAGCUAGGAAAAUAAGCGUUUCGCUACACCCGCGAUAACGUCUGCAAAAUAUGUGUACGUGACCAAUAAAAUUCGUUUUGAUUUGACAUACUGUAUACAGGGUUAUAGUGUACCCUCUUCAAUUUGGAGGUUACUUGAAGUGGUUGCUCACUGGUUUCUGAGCUACAGUAUAUUUUCACAGAUUUCAAACCAAAAGGGAAACAACCCCUCCUUCGUUUCGCUCUCUUGUUUUCAGUUAUUGUCCUGUUUGUAAGAAAAUCAAGUUACAAUCUUUCAGAUAUAUCCAUCAUCUCACCUUUUCUGGCUUGUGUUGAAGAUAAAUAGAGUCUGCGGGGAUCUUGGAAAUUCUUUGGUCUUUAUUUAACAGCGUCUUGAAAAGACAUCAAGAAAAACGGCAUUGAUUUUUUUUGGGCUUCUCCUACAUCUUGUACUGAGAGCUAGCAGGGGGUCCUCCCUGUGGCUGGUGUUUCAAUAGAGCCACUCAAGAAGGAGCGGGUCAAAACAGAUUUCUCAAGUGGGGGGAUAGGAACAAACCCCAAAAGUUUCCUGAAGUUUCCCCCCUUUUUGUGGUUGAAGACUAUUCGUCAGUUGUUGUUGUUUUUACUUGGCAAUCAUCGUGACUCUCAAAGACCAUGGUAAAUUCUAGUGAGGUUUCAUCUUCAAAUGGCCCAAGGGUAGUCAACUUUUUUGGUAGCAUUUCACAGAAUACACUGAAUUUUCAACAAACAGGCACAGAUUUUCUUUCCUUAGAUUCUCUUGAUUACUGGAGUAGCUGUCAAUCUCACAGUCUGUCAUUGUCAUCACACAUGCAUGCACGCAAACACCCAAACAAACACCCACCACUGCCUGUGAGUCUACCGAUGUGGUGCACUUCUAGCCGAGAGAGAGAGAGAGAGAGAGAGAGAGAGAGAGAGAGAGAGAGAGAGAGAGAGAGAGAGAACAAGUUGGUUGCCAGGGGAGCCGGCAGCAUCCUGUACGUUGGGAGCUGUGAUUACUAGCGAUGUGUGUUUAAUUAAUUAGCCUGUGUGGAAAGACGGCGUGCUGUUCGUCAAGCUCUCUGUCAAUACCCUCAUCCCUGGCUCAAACCUAAGCCACCGCCCGCCUUCCAGUUGGCCAGGAAUUCAAAACACCCUGGUUCUGUUUAGGCAUAUCAAUAUGCAUCAGGCAUAUGUGUCGUUUUUUGGAUGCAAUAGAAAGUUGGCUGAGAUGCUUAUCAGCAGAGGGGAAGAAGUUGACUUUAAUUGGUGUUUAAAAGCCAUCAUAUUGUUUUUAGUACCAACAUCUUGCCUGUAUUUUGCUACAUCUUUAUAUCUCAUAAAUUAAUUAAUUGAAAUUACAAUAUUUAAACCCUUUUAGUCUUGUAGCUUAUUUAAAAAUGAAAAUAUUUAUAUAGUUCUAUACCCCUAAUAUAUGUAUACCCCUUAUUUAUAUAGUCAUUGGUUAAUAGGCCUUUUCCACUGUAUAAAUGAGUAUCAAAAUCAAAGUCAUUGCUGAAUCCAUGUUAUUUUCUCUCCCUUAUUAAGGAUGCUUCCAUUGCACAUCGGUUCCACAUGAUGAGGGAGAGACACCCUGAACGCUUUAACAGC